AGGAGGAAGGGAGGGAGGUGAAAGGGAGUCGAGAGGAGGAGUUUUCCAGCUCAGACCCACGUCUGCUGCUACCCCCCCCCCCUUUUCCCUUCUUCUUCUCUUUGCUCCUCCAGCCCCCCUGGUGGAACCCAAGGCAUCGGGAGGGAAGGAGAGCUGGCCGUGCACUAUGGGCAGCUCCUCGGUCCGGCUAGCGCUACUGCUGCUGCCCCUCCACGCCUGGCUCAGCCUCGGCUUCCCAGGUUCGGGAUACUCACCACUAGAAGAUGAUGAAGAUGUGUUUUCAUACCCUAGACAGAAAGACACUCCGUGGUGCUCUCCCAUCAAAGUUAAGUAUGGUGAUGUAUACUGCAGGGCGCCUCAUGGAGGAUACUACAAAAAUGUCUUGGGUACAAGAUGUGAUGUUCGAUGUCGCAAGGGCUAUGAGCUGCAUGGUUCUUCCCAGCUGACCUGCCAGCCAAACAAAAGGUGGUCUGACAAGGUUCUGUGUAAACAGAAGCGAUGCCCUACCCUUUCUAUGCCAGCUAAUGGGGGAUUUAAAUGCAUAGAUGGUGCAUACUUUAACUCCCGAUGUGAGUACUAUUGUACCCCAGGAUACACGCUGAAAGGAGAACGCACAGUCGUGUGCCUGGACAACAAAUCUUGGAGCGGCAGACCAGCCAUGUGUGUUGAUGUGGAGCCUCCUAGAAUUCAGUGCCCUAGCAUGAAGGAGCGGAUAGCAGAGCCCAAUAAACUGACUGUCCGGGUAUUCUGGGAGACUCCGGAGGGAAGGGACACUGCCGACGGCAUUCUGACUGAUGUUAUUUUGAAAGGCCUGCCUCCAGGGUCAGAUUUCCCAGAAGGAUACCAUAAGAUCCAGUACACUGUCUAUGACAGAGCUGAAAACAAGGGAACUUGUAAAUUCCAUGUUAAAGUCAGAGUCCAGCGUUGCAAUAAACUUCAUGCUCCAGAGAAUGGCUACAUCAAAUGCUCCAGUGAUGGCAAUAAUUAUGGAGCGACCUGUGAGUUUUCCUGCAUUGGAGGCUAUGAGCUACAAGGUAGCCCAGCCAGAGUGUGUCAGUCCAACUUGGCCUGGUCAGGCACAGAUCCAACUUGCAAAGCUAUGAAGAUCAAUGUGGGCGUCAGGAGUGCCGCUGCCCUCCUGGAUCAGUUUUAUGAGAAAAGAAGGCUCCUUAUUGUGUCUACCCCAACUGCACGUAACUUGCUCUACAGGGCACAACUUUCAAUGCUUCAGCAAUCGCAGUGUGGUCUAGACCUAAGGCACAUCACGGUUAUUGAACUGGUUGGCACAUAUCCAACCCUGAUAGGAAGAAUAGGAAUGAGGAUCAUGCCCCCAGCACUCACCCUACAGCUCAGGUUGCUGCUGCGGAUCCCUCUUAACACAUUCAGCAUAUUAUUGGUGGAUAAGCACGGCAUGGAUAAAGAACGCUACAUGUCUAUAGUGACACCAAUAUCCCUUUUCAACCUGAUUGACACUUUCCCAUUGAGAAAAGAAGAGAUGGUUAUACAAGCUGAAAUGGGCCAGGCAUGCAACUGAUGAUGGCAAAACCUGGAAACUUCUGAUUGUUGAAUGGAUUCCAUUUCCCUACCUACAUAAUACCCAAAGCAUGCCUUUUUUUAAAAAAAAAUGUCACUGAUGUACAGAUUUCUUUUGUAAUUUUAAAAUUUUAUUUUAUUAUGUAACUUCUUUGUAUCUGAAAAUGAACAUUAUGAGUUUUUUUGGUGCUUUUAGGUAUCUCUGGAAAAUUUCAUACUAAUAACAGAAUCUAGAAUUUCUAAUCCUCUCUAUCCUCAUAACAUCCUCUUUCCACCCCUCUUCACUAAAAUGAGUGACCUUGUACAGAAUUUUAUAGACUAUGGCAACAUACAGAUCUGGGACAUUUCAUUCAGUACAUAAUAGAACUCUUUUACAUUGUAUUUUUUUAAUUAAAACUUUUAUUAAUAAAAU